AUGGCCUCCCAAUUCCUCCGGUUCGUUAACCGCCCUCUUCUCCUGUCUAUGCCACUUGCCGCUUCAUUCCUCUUGUUUUGUCCCAAGCCGGCCGUUGUAAUCCACUGCGACUACGCUCCGCGGACUCCUGGCCAGCCAGCCUGGUGCUCUCGCCCUUCUCCCCUUGAGGGAGAUUGCUCCUUCGGUAGCUUGAAUCCACAUACGGUUCGCCAGAUCAGUCUAGGUAGUGUGCUCGGGUUGGUCGCUGGUGUGGGAUUAAGAAUAUUCUCGAGGACCCUGACGUUUACAUUGGGUGUUGCCAUAUUGCUCAUCGAGUGGGCAGCAUCCAAAGGAUACAAUAUCGUCCCCCCCAAAUUCCUUCAGCGGUAUGUCAAGUCCGUCGAUGUCCGGCGAGCGGUUACAAAGAACUUGGCUUUUAAAGCAAGUUUCGGGACGACGUUGAUGCUCUCUGCAUUUUCGGAGUUUUAA